AUGCAGCUCAACCCAAGAGAUUCACAGCGCGAGCUCAACCCGGCGUACGACGCCCUAGACCGCGAAGACCCCGCGCGGGCGUUAAAGUCGCUCGACAAGACGCUCAAAAAGCAUCCGCGUUUCCAACUCGCGCGCGCGCUGAAAGCUCUCGCGCUGUGGCGCGCGGAUGCGAUGGCGAACGAACAGGACGCAUUGAACAUCGCCGUCGCGAUCCGUGACGAGGGCGCGGUGGACGAAGACGUCUUGCGCGUGGUGCUGAUGACGUUUAAAGAGAUGUCCAGGCGGAGCGAAAUGCGCAAGCUGCUCGAACACACGCUGCGACUGAAUCCGACGCACAUGACGUCGCUACAGACGCUGUACGCGGAUUACGGCGAGACGUGGGAAUUCGGAAAACAACAGAGCGUGGCCAUGCGAAUGUAUAAGGCGACUGGGAAUACGAAGGAUUUGUUGAAAGCCAUAACGUCGAUGUUGGCGCAACGCGAGGCGGAGGCGGCGGAGGCGAAGACUACGACUUCCAGCGGCGAAACUAACGGGAUGGGGGCGGAAACGCUGUUGAAACUCGCGAAUGGGAUGCUUGGUAAGCUUCGUGGGAAGGAUGAAAUCAAGGAUCAGGAUUCGUUCUCGAUGUACGCGAUGACGAUGGCGUUGAUGGGGCAAACGGACGAGGCGUACGAUUUGACGAAGUCGGCGCUCGCAGACACGUGCGUGCCGAUGCCGAUCGAGCGCGAACGCAUGCGGGCGCGUUACGCCCUCAAGGCGGGGAAGAUGGCGGAAGCGCGAAAGCAUCACGAAAAGGUUCUCGAGCUCGCCCCGGAUGAUUGGAUGUCGAUGAACGCGAUUUUGGAUUUGUGUCGCGGCGACGCGGCGUUGGCCGAGGAGAUGGAUGCUAAAUUGUCGAUAUCCGGGAGAUCAGUUCCUCGCAUAUCGAACUUUCCGACCGUUCGACCGAAAAUGAAGUCCAUCGAUAUCGUCGCUGCGACGAAGUUUGUCGAGAGCGUCGUCGCCAACGCCGAGGAAAAGGGUGGCGAACGCGAAGUCGGGCGUGGGGCGUACAUUUUGCAGGUGGACUUGAUGUAUAGGUUAUUAGACGAAGGCGAUGAAGACACGCGGUAUCGUGCGCUCGCCGAGGCUGUUGCGACGUAUCACGAACGUUUCGGGGCAUGGACCAGUUGUGCGCAGGAUAUGCGAAGAUAUGCGCAGGCGCUUCGCGGCGCCGACGGUGCUCGCGAAUGGCUGAUCGAAACACUUCGAGGGCGCGGCGAGGAACAUAUUCCGAGCGUCACGACGGGAGACGAUGCUUCGAAGAAGCUCGCGAUCACGGUUUUGCGGAGGGUGACGUCUGCACUGCUCAUAUGUGUCGAUUUAAACGCGUGUUGUCCGUCCUGGCACGGCGUCGCGAGGAAUUCGCCAGCGGCGUCGAUGCCGCUCCGCGGCCGCGCCGCGGCGAGUCGGUUCAUGAAUUUGUACUGGGAUCAUAUGAAUCUGUUCGCCGAUGCGGACGCGCGAGAACCAACCGCCAUAGACGUAUUCCCGUAUUUAGCAUCGUGCGCACUCGCCGGCGAAGCGGCUGCGUGCAAAGAAAAUGGAGACGACGACGGCGCCGUCAACGCGCUUUACGCCGCCGCCGCGGCGCUCGAGGUUGGCUUGAAGAAAUCGCCAUACAACGCGUCGUUGAGGUUCAGCUUGACCGCGAUCUACACGCUCCUAGGCGCCGCUGGUCUGGCGCUCGAAACGUUGGAGUUGGUGGAUAUGAAGCACGUGCAGAUGUCUACGCUGUUGCAUCACGCCCUUCCCGCGUGCUCGAGUGGCGCGCCUCCCGGCAUCACCGAGGAAUUUUUGGGCACUCGUCUACAGCAGUUACGCCAUGAAAUCGAGCGGCAAGUUUCACAAAGCGCCACUUUAGCUGCGAUGAAUGGAAAGUACACGAAAGUUCUCGAGUUUGCGGAGUUUUUCCGCACGAUUCGAGACGCGCACUCCAUCGCCGCAGGCAUGACGGCGAAUCUGAUGAUCGGCAUCAACGGCAUCAACCGCCUCGCGGGCGACAUGGAUGAUUUUCCCAACAUCGAUGAGUUCCGAUUGAACAUGCUCGAAGGGUUGAUGGAGUACGCCGAGGACGUGUGCGAUUUGACGCGCACGAACGCCGAUACCGCGCGCUGGGACAAAGACGACGAAUCGAGCGACGCGUGGACGUACUUGGACGAUUUCAAAACCAACCCGGCCUGGCUCGCGCCUUGUGGAAAAGAUCCCGCACUGUCGAGCGCGGAGUGGUGGUCGAAUCCGAUCGAAACGAGCGCUCAUGGCGAUGAAAACACGGAAAUCCCGUACGCGUGGUAUUUUUCAGACGCGCGCGACUCGCUCCGAAGACGCGUCUUGUUGCUCGACGCCAUCGCAAAUCGCGCGCGCACCGAAAUCGUCGAUUGCGACGCGACGGUCAGUUGGACGAAUAUUCGCGCGCUGUUGGAUCAGCUCAAGACCGGAGCGACAAAACGUACGCCGGUGCGUGCGAACGCCCAAGCGGAUCUCGCGCGAGACGUGGACUUCGCGCUUCUCGACGUCGUCGUCGACAACGAUUGGUCGCAAUCGCGCAUGGACACCGUAUUUGACGCCAUCGCAAAACUGUGUGAGUGGCCGAAAAACGUGAUCGAAAGCGGGAGCGCUCCCGCGAUGUUCGCGCGCGGCGUCAUCCCCGCCGCGUUUCACGCGUUAUCCUACGAUUCGCUCGCCCGAUUUAUGGCGCUCGUGUGCGGCGGCAGCGACGUCCGCGAGCGCGCGGAACGCGCGAGUCGAUCGGCAGAAAUCCACACGUUCAGACGCGCGUGCUCGACCGCGUGUGGCGUCCUCAUCGCGGACGCCGAAGACGCCAAAUCCCGCGCUCUCGCGUGGUUCGCCGCCGAAGCCUCGGACGCGACCGAGUUCAACUCCGCGCUCGAAGACGUCGUCGAGCGUCAUCGCGCCUCCGCUACCUUCGCCCUCGGUUUCGCUCGCCACCACAUCGCCGCGACCGUCCAUUCUCCUCAACCUCUAUAACGUCUA